AUGGCCGCGACGACCACCGCGUCUCGCUCCCUACUCCGCACUACCCGUCGUUUAUUCUCGACAAACGCCGCUCUAAAAAACAACCAUCAAAAUACCCACGAGUUUUUAGAAACGAACUCCUUUGUUGGAAGCUGGGAGAAACCAAAAAACCCAAAAGAAGCUGAGGCAAAACUAGCAAGAUUAAGAAGAGAAUAUGCAAAGCAAGUGAAGGAAUUGAGAAAGGAAUAUUUAGUGGAAGUUGUAGCUAUGCGUAUAGAGAAACAAAGGAAAGAAGAGGCUAGAAAAGAAGCUAUUAGAGUUGCUAAUGAAGAGCGGAAGAAAUUGAAAGCUGAAGCUGCUAAAGCUAGAGCUGAAGAGAGGAAGGUUGAACAAGAGGAGUUUCAAAAGCUUCUGGUUAAGGACUUUAAUCAAUUUGGUGGAGGAAUGGAGGAGAUGCUUUUUGUGCUUCCCUUUUAUGAUGGUUGUGCUGGUGUACUUGGGUGUGUGUCUGUGGUUGCUUGUUCAGAGUAUUGGCAAGACAAUUGGAAACUUGGAAUGGAUACUGACGAUAGGAGGGGUGGUUUGCAGCAGUCUGUGCCUGAGUUUUUCGGUGUGCACUUGUGCAUAGGUGUAUUUGUGUCUGCAUGUGCACUUAUGAAAGAAAGAGCUGAAAAGCUUGAGAAUUGGAGGAUGAAAGAAAAGAUUCAGCAAGAGAAGAAGAAAAAGAAGUAUGAACGCAUACACAAACAGAGUUCAAUGUGGGUUGAGGAGGGUGACUUGGAGAAGAUGAUAAUGGAAGCCGUAGUUGACUGCAUACGACUUUGA